CCGGGAUCUGCCUCGUGUCGCGAUGCGAUCUUUUACUUCUCGAUGCCGCUGUGAUGUUGGUACCCAUUGUCCUCAUCAUACCCAGGGCGCUAAACUUAUUUGCAUUCUGCCUGUCCCACCUUGGGAAAGAUUUCUAUUUUUUGUUAGCGCGAUUCUGUCAGUAUGGCCAAGAACAAGAAAGGAAAGCAGAAGCAGCCGGACGAACAAAUGCAUGAAAAGCAACAGGAGCCUGUUCCGGUACCGACGCCAGUACCUGCUUUCGAUGCCAAGGACAAUGACGCCGGUGGGCUGAUGGACCUAGGUGGUGGUCUCCUGGACGAUCGUCCGGACCAAUGGGGUGGUGGCGAUCCUGCCAAAACUGGCGGCGGUGCUGGUAGUGAUCCUUGGCUUGAAAACUUCGACACUCAGAUGCAUGGAGGUCAUUGGGGAGCUCAGCCAACGCAUAGACCUCUAGGCGCUGCACAAAAUAGGCGAAACUCAGUCGCAGCAUCUACUGGAUCAGCCUGGAAGCAGGUCCCGCCCGCAGGAAAGGGUCCCGUGCAGCCAAACGACUUUGCGGCUGCUUGGCCUGAUGCUGGCGGUCAAGCAUUCGAUGAUGGUGGCUGGGGCGGUGGUGCUGGCGGUGGUGGGGACUGGGGAGACGAGGAUUCUGAGAACUACGAUAGCGAAGACGACUACGAGGAAGAGCCGGUACCCAAUCAUCGUCAGCCUCCACCACCGCCACCAAAACCUGGGGCACUUCCCGUGGCCAGCUGGAGAGGCUGGAGCGAGGAAGCGAAACGGCUUUCCAAGCCAAACAAUUAUGCUCGAUUUGCUACCCAAAGUCCUGCCGCCCUUCCCAAGGGGUUUCCGGGGCUGGCGAAUGCUCAAGCGCACAUGAUGAAGCAGGGAAAUCCUUACCCUGGGCAGGCCAAUCCUUAUCCUGGAGCUGCUCAGCAGAAGAGGGCGGUGGAGGUGGCAAGAAAGACGCUUGGGGUACUGGCAGCGGCGGUAAUGAUGGGUGGGGUACUGGUGGUGGUGGUAAUGAUGGCUGGGGUGCCGGCGGUGGUGGAAACGAUGGCUGGGGUGACGGUAGCUGGGGUAAUAAUGGGGUUGGUGGAAAAGAUGGCUGGGGUGCCGGAGGAGGAGGAGGAGGAAACUGGGGAGAGUCGGGAAUGAGUGGUACUGGCUUCAGUCCCAUUUCGGAAGAAGAUGAAGAAGACGACUAUGAUGAUCCUCGGCGUGUUCAUUUUUCUCCCAAGGCAGCUUUGAAGAGGAUGAUG